AUGGCCAUCACUGCCGAAGCAGAGGGGUUCCGGACGGAAAAUGAUCUCCUGGAGCGCGUUCUCUCGGUGGACUUUUACCGUGACCUGCCGAAGGACAUUCCCAAUCAGCUUCCAGACGUCCAGAGUUCGAUACGAUGGGACACGCCACUGGAGCCUCUGCCCAUCCAAUUCGAAAAUGUGGAAACCUAUCAACGCAGCUUCUUCCCCUUGUACAUGAUCGAGUGCCUGCAGAUGCUCGCAAGCAGCAAGUACAUGAGCAUGGCAUAUCCAUUGCGAGUAUCGGAGGUCGGGUGUAACAAAAGCGGGCGGUUUGUGGAAAUCACACUCAAGUCAAGCGCCGUAAUGCCCUUCGUCUGCGGCGACAUUGCGCUCUUGUACGUCGGCCAGCCGGGGCACGACAUCGUGCCCAAAAAUGAUGCUGAAACGAUGCAAGUGGACACGUUGCCGAAAGACGCAGAUGAGGGGCCCGCAUACGUGGUUGUGCCGGAUGACCACCCGCUAUACCAAGACACGCUGAAGCACGCCCUUGGAUUUGUCCUCGAGGCAAAAAGACGCAUCUGCACACUGCAGGUGCUGGCCAUGCCGCCAAGAUUCUGCAAUCCUAAGACCUUUGACAUACGCAGUGUCGAACGACUGGAAGCCAUACAGGAGUUGAUCUUGUGGAGCAGGAGCAAGAGCGGGAGCAAGAAAUUUAGUGGCAUGGGCAGAGGCGACUCCGAUAAGGAGGUGUGGUAUUUGUCAAAGCUAUGCUCCUUCACAACGGCGCUGAGGGAGUUUCAAGCGCUGCGAGGCUUGCCCCGGAUGCCGCUGCAGGAAAAGUUGUUGAUGGGUUCGGUAGAACCGCCGCAGGAUCAGCCGGUAAGCGACAUGGAUAAGGACACUUACCUCGAAGGGAUACGUAUUCCUAAGAUGUUGAGAAAGAGCUUGGAAGCUUCCUACAAUGCAGCUCAGCUCCGGGCUAUCAGAAACAGCCUAAACAGCAACGGGAUCACUCUAAUCCAGGGGCCCCCGGGAACGGGUAAAACCACCACCAUUAUCGGGAUAAUUAGCGCCAUAUUGGAACAGGACUUCCUGCCGUACGACUCCGACGCAAAAACGGAGCCAUCCACAGAAACACCCGGAACAAGCGACGCAUCGCAGAUUAACAAACCCGCUUGGUUCAAGUAUAUAGACGGCAACAAUAUGAAUGAGCCUCUAGAAAUCGCAUUUGAUAAGCUUAGCAUAACGGAUACGCAGACGACUAACGGCACGCACAGGUACGACUCCUACGCGUGCAUGAAGCCCGCAAAGAGCUCAUCAUCAGAAAAGGUGAGGGUGCCCACACUGAGGCACAGCAGGAGGCGGAUACUGAUAUGCGCGCCGUCGAACGCAGCCAUCGACGAAAUUGUGAGGCGAUUGGUGAGACCGCACACUGGUGGGAUUUUCGAUGCCGAUGGGAAUCGGUUGAACCCGUCGGUGACACGUAUAGGGCCCAACUUUCACGACGACCUCACCGUCUACAGCCUCAACAACAAAAUCGACAUGCUGGGACGCAAGAAAUACGGCCACAAGUUCCCGCAAAUGAAGAAUCAUUUCAGGUCGAGGCUAGUGACAGAAACGCUACUCCAGAGCGACAUUGUGUGCUCCACACUAUCGGCAUGCGGGUCGAUGGACAUGGUUAAGAACCACGCCAUGUUCCACACCCUGAUCAUAGACGAAGCGACGCAAGCUGUCGAGCUUUCGACCCUUAUAGCGCUACGUCUGGGCUGCUCACGUGUCGUGUUGGUGGGUGACCCGUGCCAGCUGUCGGCCACGGUCUGCUCCAAUGUGGCAGUCUCCCUCAAGUACGAUCGGUCGCUCUUCCAACGGCUGCAGAUGUGUGGAUACCCGGUCAACCUGCUAGACAUCCAGUACCGUAUGGACCCCGGAAUCAGCAGGUUCCCCUCCAUGUACUUCUACAAGAGCCAGCUCAAGGACGCGCCCAGCGUCUACCAGCGACAGCAACGCGAUUGGCGAGAGUUCCCGCUGCUGCGGCCGGCGGUGUUCUACGCCAUCGACUCGAUGCAAUCCAAGGACGAAACCUCAUACAAAAACGAGAUGGAGGCCAAUCUUGUCUGCCAGCUGCUGGAUAUGAUCCUGACGGUCCUCAAGGCAGAGCGCGGCUACAAGCCUGAGCUGCUGGAGCAGAGAAUCGCAGUUAUCACGACGUAUUCCGCGCAGGUGGCGCUUCUGAAGGAGACCAUUGCAAUGAGGCAUCCACAGUUGGUGGCGCCGCCCGUCGAGAAGGAAAAGAAGAAGAAAGUCAAGGAACCCGUGCCGCCCGGCCCUCAACUGCCAAAGCUCCUGAUCGACGUCAGCACUGUGGAUGGAUUCCAGGGCAUGGAAAAAGAAAUUGUCAUCUUCAGCGCAGUGCGCACGGGAUACGUUGGGCAGAAGAAUGCAGCACAAAAGACGUUGAGGGAGAUCACGCCUCCAAACGUCUUGACCAUCGACAACGAGCCACACGAUCCUGAUGCAGCGCAGCAAUUCGCAAACCAGAUGCAGGAAUAUGUCGAUGGGAUACUUACAGGCAAAACCACGUCCACCAUACCCGACGUAGUUGACGUAUCCUUCAUAGCCGACAGACGGCGUAUCAACGUGGCCAUCACGAGAGCCUGCAGAAAUCUCUUCAUCAUAGGCAACCCGAGGUUCCUACUGCGGCACACGCAUUGGCAGGCUCUUUACCAUCACUAUGCGCAAUGCGGCGGCGUCUUCAUUUGCAAGCCCGAGCGAGGCAAGAUGAGGGAGAACUACCUCCAGACGUGGGGACGCGACUACCUUUUGCGAGACAAGCAAGCUCGUAAGCGUUACCUAAAGAACCCGCUGUUGUCGAAGUUAAUCCUUAAAAUCAUGGGUUGGGAUGCGAAAACCGCAGAUGAAGAAAUAACAGAUCAGCAACCGGCGACUGCGCAGCAAGCAAACAAGACGCCGGCGAAUCAGCAACCGUAA